GGGAAGAUCGGGGAUGUUCGGGGCUGACCGGGCCCCAGGGAUGGUCUGGGAUGUUGCAGGUGCUUUCAGAGGGGUCAGGAGAGGGUCGGAGCAGGUUGGAGGGGCUCUGGAUGCCAGCAAUCCCAAAACUCCCCACUGGAGGAGAGCAGAGCCUGACAGGCCACGCUCCAAGUCGGGGAGCGGCUCCAUCUGGGAAACCUAAGGGAUGUGAUAGGAUGGGGUGAGGAUGGAGAGCAGGGAUAGGGACGGGAAUGGGGAUUGGAAUGGGGAUGGGGAGCAGGGAUGAGGAUGGGAUGGGGAUAGGAGGAGGAAGCAGCUCAGCUGUACUUCCUCAGCCCAGAGCACAUUUUGGCAAUGAUGUCAGAGCCCUUCCGGAACAGGAAUUGUUUCUGAGAAGCACCCAGCUGCCUCACCUACACUGGCAGCACUGCCAGCAUUCCAGUGCCACCAGCACCAGCAGCCUCCCUCUGCUGCUGGAGGGACCAUGAACCCUCAGGGAAGAGAAACAAGGAAUAGUAGAAACUUAUGUGGAGCAGGACGGCAGUUGGAGAAUGGUCCAUUCUGCAGGGAAGGAGGGUUUCUCAUCAGGAGGGAAAGAGGAGCCAAUCACAAAAAUCUUCAUUUAGAGCACCUGACAAAAGCCACUUCCUCUGAAGAAAAAAAAAAAAAACCAAAACCCACCAAGAUAAAUAUCUCUGAGGAACUGAAUUUCUGAAGCAGGCAAAGUUACAAUUUUUCACUCACCCACUCCCCCAUUUGUCCACCGAGCCUUUGGGAACAAUAUCAGGACAGGGCACAGAGAGGAGACAGAGGGAUGGGAGCGAGGAACUCCUGGUGAUCUGAGCACUUUCUCCUUCAUGUCACUGACCUGGCAGGAGCCACUUUAGGACAUGGAUCCCAAAGGAGCAAGAGGUACCAGGAAGCACCGCUGAUCUGCACAGACCCCUUUGCCUGCUGCUGCCCAACAGGGAACAGGGACCUGCUGAGGAUCCGCAUGGUCCAUCCCUGGAUUCUCCAAGCACUGACUCCCCAUCCCCUCUGACCACAGCCAGGGUCACAUCCCACCGCCUGCCCAUCAUCCAUCCAUGGAGCUCCCAAUGAUCUCCUUCAGCUGGGGGCUGUUCAGGCUGAUGAUGAGCAGUACUGUGCUGGAUAUGUGCGACUUCUGCAAGCUCUGCUGCCACUGCAGCCUACCUCGGUGCCUGUUUUGGGUGGUGGAUAGCAUCCAAUACUGCGCCUUCUUUGCUCUCUUUGCUGUCAUUCCCCCAGUGACAUUCCUGUGCCCGUCACACCAGCAGGGGCACUGCCUGGCAGCUCUCAUCUCCAUGCACACCGUCAUCCUGCUCCUCCUGGCUGCACCCAUGCUCGUUUCCAGCAUAAUCCUCCUCAAUAAUGCCAAGUGUGGCUCCCAGCAGCAGCAACCCAAGAGGUGCAACAUCAUUAUUGUCUUCACUGUGCUCCUCACUCUCCUCCUCAGCCUCUGGAAUUUCCUGCAGCAGCUCGGCUACACGUUUGUACCCUCCCAGGUGGUUUUCCUGCUCGCCUGCAUCAACAGCAGCAUCAAACCCUUCAUCUGUUUCUUGGCAGGGAGGUGCUGGAGGCCCUGCUCCAUGGGGUCCCUCUGGCUGUCCCUCCAGAGGGUCUUUGAAUACCAGAAAAAAAAAACUGCGCGUAGAAAUGAUGCCCCAGGGCCACAGUGGUCUGAGCCUGUUGAUCCUUUCCACUGCUCUGCUGAACAACCCCUGGAGAGUGGCUGAAGGUUUCCUUGAGCCUUGAGACCCCUGAUUAAUCAAUAUCCACGGGAUCACCCUCCCCAUGGUGGUGUAUUCAUGCAGGUAAAGGGAGCAAGAGCAUUGUCUUAGGUGAUUUUUGGAGCCAUGUGGAUCCAAGCAGUGCAGCUGGGCUCAGUGCUCUUCCCCAGCUCUAUUCACCAUGGAAUGACCCUCAUGGCCUUGGCCCCUGGGAAUGAACUCCAUCUCCUUUGGCUCAGCAGAUGAGUUUCAUGGUGUCUUCAGGGACCUCUUGCCUGCAAGGAAGGGGACACCUUAAAGCCACGGGGACACACCCAGCACGGGAUGGCAGUGAUUUCCCAAAUCCCUGCAGGGCUGCUUCCAUCUCGAUGGCAGGAGAGGGGUUGGGAUCACACAGAGCAUCCUUCCCCUUCUGUCCAGCAGAGUCAGCCCUGCAUUCCCAGCGGAUGGGAAGGGACACCAGGUAGGGCUGCAGAGCUGGGGAGGGACAGCAACAUUCCCUUAUCCUUUCAGUGGGAAUUUCUCACAUUCUUUAAUUCCAGAAUUAAAUCCUUCUGACUAAAGUGCAGGGUCAAUAGUGAACUCCACUGAACUCCUUUGGUGCCUGUGACCAAAAAGAGCUUGAAACAUGGAAAUUCCCAUCACCAGAUGCCUGGACCAUUUAAUGGCACAGAAAUCAGGGGGUUAUGCUGCUCUUCUGCAGAAUGGGGCCAUCCUCUGCUUCCGCAGCAUCAAUGUCCAAGGAAGGCCUUGACCACCUCCAUCCUGAACCUGGCCACCCUCAGGAGGAGCCGAACAGCGACCCUGCACAGCAGCUUCAGCCACAGUCCAGCCUGUACUGAUCUUUGGCAUUCUGUAACUAGCCCUAAGUUAACUCUGCAUUUAUGGUUUUUUUUAAUCCAUUGUGGUAAAACUGAUCACAGAAGUUGCUGAAUAAACAACAUCCAGGCAUAA